CGCGCGGAAUCCCAGCCCUGCGCGGCCCCGGCAUUGCGCGCUCCAGGCGGGCUGCGGCUUGCAGAGAAGCGGAGGAGAGAGAGAAGCAGAGCACGCCCGGUACGGACCGGAGCACAGCACCGUUCACAGAGCCGUAAGGAGGCGGAACUGCUGCAUGACCCCCUGCCAGUGAGUGAGUGAGCCCCUUCCCCCGCGCAGCAUGUCAGCGGCACAGGUGUCCUCGUCACGCCGCCAGUCGUGUUACCUGUGUGACCUGCCACGAAUGCCAUGGGCCAUGAUCUGGGACUUCACCGAGCCUGUGUGCAGAGGCUGCGUCAACUACGAGGGCGCUGACCGCAUUGAGUUCGUCAUCGACACCGCACGCCAGCUCAAACGAAGCCAUGGCUUCCAGGAUGGGCGCUCUCCGGGGCCACAGGGGCCCGGCUCCGGCGGGGCAGCCAAACAGCACCCAGCCGUGCAAGCAGCCCUGACCGCCAAGGACACGGCCCAGCUCAAUCACCUAGACGGGGCGUCCAAGGCGGCCGCGGCGUCUGGACUAGAGAGGUAUGGACUGACCGACCGCGGUCGCUUUGAAUACACGUUGGCCGCCGCGGCACGUCUUCCCAACGGCCUUAACGGGUUCCCCAAGCCCGGUGAGGACGGCCCCCCUGAACUGAACCGCCAGAGCCCGAAUUCCCGGGGCCGUACGGGCCACGGACUAAUCCCCCAGCUGGGACCUGGACAGAUGAGCGUCCCACCAAACCUGCUCCCUCAGACUUUGCUAAAUGGCCCUCCUACAGCCUCUUCAUCCGGGGCCCAACAUGUGCUUGGAAGGGGCUCUAGCGGCCUCAGCGGGCCACCACCCCCCUCAUCCAGCUCUUCGGGUGACCCUAAGCGCCCGGGCUCAGUCUCCAGCACCGACCAGGAACGAGAGCUCAAGGAGAAGCAGAGGAACAGCGAAGCCCUCUCAGAACUGACGGAGAGCCUGCGUUCCCGGGCCGAGGAAUGGGUAGGGAAACCCAAGGCAGUGCGGGACACCCUGCUCACCUUGUCGGCAUGCACACCCUUUGAUGUCCGCUUCAAGAAAGACCAUGCACUGCUGGGGCGAGUGUUCGCCUUUGACGCCACGUCCAAGCCAGGUCUGAUGGACUAUGAACUCAAACUGUUUGUGGAAUAUCCCAGCGGCUCCCUCAACGUGUUCAGCUCAGCCUCUGGUGUUGCCAAGCAGAUGUACCAGGACUGCAUGAAGGACUUUGGCCGCGGUCUGUCCUCGGGCUUUAAGUAUUUGGAGUAUGAACGCAAACAUGGCUCUGGGGACUGGCGUCUGCUGGGUGACCUUCUUCCAGAGUCAGUACGUUUCUUUAAGGAGAUGGUCGUUGCAGAUAUGUUACCACAGCCCUACCUGGACCCUGGAUGCCCCAUGCUGCCGAGCGCUCUGGUGAACCUGCCCCGAGCCUUGGCAGCGGCUGCCGCCGCCGCAUCCUCCUCGGCUGGGGGGAGCAGUCAGGCCCGCUCUGGGGUGAGGAAACGCAAGGCCUCACCCGAACCAGAUUCUGCUGAGGGACAGAUGUGGAUCACGGGGCAACCGGAUGGUAUCAAACAGUUGAGUUUGGCAGCUGCUGGGGGAACUCCAUCCUCAUCCUCCUCGGCAGGUAACUACGGCCCCGCUCCACCACCACCUCCACCGCCACUUGGCCCUGGUCAUCCACAGCGAACCACCCCACCUGAGAGCGCCCCACCUAAUGGGCCAUCGCCUAUGGCGGCACUGCAGUCAGUGACAGACACUUUAGGCACCGCUCAUUCCCCUAAGGACGGACAGACGGGUGGGGGUCCCCCAGUGCACUCCACCACCUCAUCCGCACGGCGGAAUAGCAGCAGCCCGGUGUCGCCAGCAUCAGUACCUGGCCAGAGACGUCUGAAUUCCCGAAACGGAGGGGGUUCUGCAGAACUCAGCCUCCAGGUGGCACCUGCUGGGGGAGCCCCUCAUCCAGGAAUGGACCAAGUGCACCCCCAGAACAUUCCCGACUCGCCCAUGGCCAACAGCGGCCCUCUGUGCUGCACCAUCUGCCAUGAGCGCCUAGAGGACACACACUUUGUCCAGUGCCCAUCCGUACCCAGCCACAAAUUCUGCUUCCCCUGCUCUAGAGAGAGCAUCAAGGCCCAGGGAGCAACGGGUGAGGUCUACUGCCCCAGUGGAGAGAAGUGCCCCUUGGUUGGAUCUAACGUACCUUGGGCUUUCAUGCAGGGGGAGAUUGCGACCAUUCUUGCCGGGGAUGUUAAGGUUAAAAAGGAGAGAGACCCUUAGUAAGAGUGGAUGUUAUGUGUACAUAAACCUUUUAUCCAGCUCCCUCAUCUAUAACUUGCAGACCAAGGACAGGCUCCGGGGUGUGGUGAUGUGAAUCCUGGACACCAAACAUUAUUUACAUCAAAUGCAGCCCAGAAAUGUCUCCCCAUUCCCCCCCCCAAGACAUGUGAUCCAAGAUUUUUUGGGGGGAGGGGGGGGAGGUUUCUGGUGGUUGAGAUACAGACACUUUGUACUCUUCAUCUUUUUGGGAAUAACAUGGCGGAGUUUAUUAUGAAGCUGAUGUGUAAAAAAAAAAAAAAAAAAAAGGAUCUGCCCUGCCGGUGGAGCGGACCUUGCAGGACAGCAAACGGUGGAAUCCCCUCGGCAAAGCAGGACGCGGAGGCUGUAUAAAGCUUUUUUUUUUUUCUCCGGAUCCUGGCAAAGCAGGACCGUCACAUAAACUUAGUCUUAUGUACAGAUCUUAUUUUUGUGGUGUUUCAAUCAUUUUGAGACACUUGUUAUGUACACUUCAUUUGAAGGGUGACAGAGCUCAUGUUUUGGGUGUUGUGGGAUUAUUAUCGCUCCUUAUAUUCCCCCCCCCCCCUCCCCCUUUUUACUUUUAUCAUUUUUUUUUUUUUUAAACGUUUUGUUGCAAGUGUGUCCACUAGGUAAUGGUUUCUAGCACUUAGCGAUGCUGCUAGUGUGUCAUUUUUGUAAUGUACGCACUUCUCUCAAGGGUGGGGGGGAGGGGUGGACAGUAAAACUAUUAAAUCUGUAAAAAAAAUAAAAUAAAACUGCUAUAUAUGCCCAUAUCCCCCUGUUCCUUUGAGGUGGGUGUGACACAUAAGACAAUGUUGUACCCCCCCCCCCCCCCCACACCCCUCCUUUACUCUGAUACUCGGAGGGUGUAUAAUCCAGUGUAAUUAUCAGUUUGCAGGUUUCUGCAGGUCUACACAAUGCAAUUAUAAUUGGUUUAACCCAUCGAGUGCUGGCAGUACAUUGCUGUCUCUGGGCCAGUAGAGGGUUACAUAUUUCUUUAUAUAAGAAAAUUAUAUAUAUAUAUAUUUUUUGUUUUUUCUUUUUGCACGAAUGCUUUUAAACUGUAGAGCAAAUUGCCGUCUGUACAUUUAGGGUGGGCAGAACCUUUUUUUUCUUUUGUCCAGAACACAUUUCUGUAGUAUAACAGACCACUGUUAUGUGCCUUGGAGCUGAUUACAUUGUAAUAAAUUUGAUUCAUAUAACCAC